GUCAUAUUGAACAUGGACAGUGAGGAAAUUCCGACCUUCUCAAGUCCAAAGGAGGAAACUGCCUAUUGGAAAGAGCUUUCCUUGAAGUACAAGCAAAGCUUCCAGGAAGCUCGUGAAGAACUGGCUGAAUUUCAGGAGGGAAGCAGAGAAUUAGAAGCUGAGUUGGAAGCACAGCUAGUGCAGGCUGAGCAGAGGAAUAGAGAUUUGCAAGCAGAUAACCAAAGGCUGAAAUAUGAAGUGGAAACAUUAAAGGAGAAACUGGAGCACCAGUAUGCACAAAGCUACAAGCAAGUGUCAUUGUUAGAGGAUGACCUGAGCCAGACCCGGGCCAUUAAAGAUCAGCUUCAUAAGUAUGUCAGGGAGCUGGAGCAGGCCAAUGAUGACUUGGAACGUGCAAAGAGGGCAACAAUAGUUUCAUUGGAAGACUUUGAACAAAGGCUGAACCAGGCGAUUGAGAGAAAUGCGUUUUUAGAAAGUGAACUGGAUGACAAGGAGUCACUGCUAGUUUCUGUACAGAGAUUAAAGGAUGAAGCCAGAGACCUGCGGCAGGAGCUGGCAGUACGGGAAAGGCAGCAGGAAGUCACCCGCAAGUCUGCACCCAGCUCUCCAACUCUAGACUGUGAAAAGAUGGAUUCAGCUGUCCAGGCAUCUCUCUCCUUGCCAGCUACGCCUGUUGGAAAAGGAUCUGAAAAUAGUUUUCCUUCCCCAAAAGCUAUACCAAAUGGAUUUGGUACAAGCCCUCUUACUCCUUCAGCUAGAAUAUCUGCACUCAACAUCGUGGGAGAUCUCUUACGGAAAGUUGGGGCCUUAGAAUCCAAGUUAGCUGCCUGCAGAAAUUUUGCAAAGGACCAGGCAUCACGGAAAUCCUACAUUUCAGGGAAUGCUAACAGCAGCGUGAUGAACAGCAACGGCACGAAGUACCCUCACCCAGGGCAUACUUCUUUCUUUGACAAAGGGCGUGAAAAGGUGAUAUUCCCCACCUUGGUCAUGGGGCAGUAAACGGCUUUGAUCAAGGGACCCCGGGACUGGGAGCCUCCAGACCUUCCUCAGCACCUGGCAUGCUCCCCCUGAGCGUAUGAGUCGGCGCCAGGUUGUGCUUGGACUUGCGGACGCUUUUCUCGGCCCAACAAGAGAAGUGCUUUGGUUUCCUCCCCCUCCCUGCCCCGCAGGAACAGGACCUGCACCAUGGCAUGCAGCAGUGCCCGUGCUGCUAGAGGAGAGCCCGUGCUUGCAGCCCUUCAUGUCCUGUUAAUAGAGUUAACUGUAGUGGGUGUGCUCUGCGGCCCCGUACCACGUGUUGCACAAGCUGACACAUAGUGCUCUGUUCCAGGGGAUGCAGAACCUCGGCCAGGUGCUGCUCGACCUGUCACUGCAUCUCUUUUCUCAGUUAGGUUUGGUGUGACAAAAACAUUUGCUGCUUUUCUUGAAGGCUACACCUCUCCCUGCCUGAUCUCACAUCCUGCUGUUUGAGCCGACCAGCUGCUGUCCUUCCCCAUGGGGCUCAAACCUCUCAAGACACACUGAGUGAGGCUGGGAGCAGGAGUAGAGGUUGGCAGUGAGCUUUGGGUGUGUGAGUUACGCAGCACUGAAAUCACUGCUGGACAGGUGAGCAGCUGGUUGUGUCCAUAAGGCCCUUCCCCAGCCCAGCAGAUGGAUGUAGAGCUGUUGCUGGGGUGGGGCUGUGCUGAGGAAGGUCCGUGUGGGCCCAGCACACAUCUAGCACCGGUGCCCUUGGCACCUCUGGGCUGAGCUUGGCUGGAGCCUCCUCCCUUGGCACGGGGCCUGCAGCAAGCAUCUUUUUCCCAUGUGCCUGAACCAUCCCAGCACUCUGCCCUCCUUAGUGACACUUCUGCCCCCCUCCAACCAGACAUCAGCUCUUUAGGAAGCCGCUCAGCCCAUGGACUGCAGUGCCCACAAACUGCCUCCUCCCAGCACCCUGUAUCCAUCAACCCCAUGUUCAGCUCUGUAAUAUAGGAUGGGAUUUCAGUGUCACCUGCAGGCUUCUGUGACAGUUUUGGGCGACUGUGUUCCUUAUGGGUCUUUCAAGCGAUGUAUUUGUGCGAGUUCUCUGUCGCUGUGCCUCAGAGUCGGUGGAUUUUGAUGUGAACCUUACCCCACGGGGGUCUGAGGAAAAAAAAACCUUCCCAAUUUGGUCCAUCAUGUUCCCUUGGCUCUGCAGCUGCACACUGGUUUAUUUACAAGCGCUGAGAGAAACCAUCGGCCCCAGCAGAUGGUGGGAGCGUUUCCCCCUUUGCUGUUAGGCCCCCUAUGGUCCUCUUUUCCUGUGCAUCCUCUGCUGCAUUUGACUGUUUACAUUUGUUUUAUUGUACAUAGGUUUGUAAACAUAUUAUCUUUGCCUAAGAUCUUUGUACAUAACUUAACUUGGGCUUUGUAGCUUUAUUUAUUCAAAGUCUAUAUGGCAUGUUUCAAUAGGACAGUGUACCAUAACAGCGUGGUCACACAGCAUAAUGUGGUUUAAAGACAAAAAAAAAACAAAACCAAACCUGAGAGUAAUAUUCCCAAAAUAAAGUUCUUUUAAUGUGGAAUCGGUGGAUUUUGCAGAAGAGGCAG